AUUAUUAUCAAAUAUAUAUGGUGAAUAGCAAAAAAUUUCGAAAGGUAAUUGGUUUUAUAAUUGACAUACAUCUGCUACUAUAGUAGGAGUAAAAUCAAUAACAAUCGCAGGCAGUAGCAAAUUAGGGUCCUGCACACGCCGCAUUUUGACAUUUAUUCAUCUCUAUCGAACAUUCCAACAAUCAAAUCCCAAAGCCCUAAUGUAAAAACCUCACCUCUAAUUCUCCAAGCACAAUCCUGGGACAAUGAGUACUUUCAAGAGAGCUUCAAGAGCUCUCAGAUCCAACUUCUCUUUAUUUUCUACUCCUCGACCCUAUUUAUCUCAUUUUUUCUCUAAUCAAAAUGCAUCAUUUUGCUCUCGUCCUCGCCAAAACAGUAAAGAAGGAUCAACUAUAGAUUUGAAUGAGUACCCUUCUGAUAAUAUUCGGAAUUUUUCUAUUAUUGCUCAUGUUGAUCAUGGCAAAUCCACGUUGGCUGAUAGGCUUUUGGAACUUACUGGAACCAUUAGAAAAGGUCAUGGUCAGCCUCAAUACUUAGAUAAAUUGCAGGUAGAGAGGGAACGGGGAAUAACCGUUAAAGCUCAAACAGCAACUAUGUUCCAUCGUCACAAGUUCCUUGGUAGUGACACAGAUUUUUUAUUAAACCUGAUUGAUACACCUGGUCAUGUGGAUUUCAGCUAUGAAGUUUCCAGAUCUUUGGCAGCUUGUCAAGGUGCCCUUUUGGUUGUAGAUGCAGCCCAAGGUGUGCAGGCACAGACUGUUGCUAAUUUUUACCUCGCGUUUGAAUCAAACCUGGCCAUAAUUCCUGUCAUAAACAAAAUUGAUCAACCCACUGCUGAUCCAGAUAGGGUAAAAGCACAGCUCAAAUCCAUGUUUGACCUUGAUCCCAGCGAUGCACUAUUAACAUCUGCAAAAACUGGUCAAGGUCUAGAGCAGGUUCUACCGGCUGUGAUAGAGCGAAUUCCUCCACCUCCUGGUAAAAGCACUUCACCUUUGCGAAUGCUUUUGCUGGAUUCGUAUUAUGAUGAGUACAAAGGAGUUAUCUGCCAUGUGGCUGUUGUUGAUGGUGCUCUGCACAAGGGUGACAAGAUUUCCUCUGCUGCCACUGGCCAAAGUUAUGAAGUUUCUGAUGUUGGUAUUUUGCACCCGGAACUUGUACCGACAGGAAUCCUUUUAACUGGUCAAGUUGGAUUCAUGGUCAGCGGCAUGCGUUCAACAAAAGAGGCCCGUGUUGGAGAUACUCUACAUCAUGCACGAACAGUUAUACAGCCCCUUCCAGGUUUCAAGCCAGCAAAACAUAUGGUCUUUUCUGGCCUAUAUCCAGCUGACGGAUCUGAUUUUGAGGCACUUAACCACGCCAUAGAGAGAUUGACGUGUAAUGAUGCGAGUGUCUCUGUAACUAAAGAAAGUAGCACAGCUCUAGGUCUGGGUUUCAGAUGUGGUUUCUUGGGUUUACUUCACAUGGAUGUUUUUCAUCAGCGGCUUGAACAGGAACAUGGCGCUCAUGUCAUUUCCACUGUUCCUACAGUGCCAUAUAUAUUUGAGUACUCAGAUGGAAGCAAAGUGGAGGUUCAGAAUCCUGCUGCUUUGCCUUCAAACCCCAAGAAUCGACUUACUGCCUGCUGGGAACCUACUGUAAUAGCUACAAUUAUUAUCCCUAGUGAGUAUGUGGGGUCUGUUAUCACUCUAUGCGCUGAGCGUCGGGGAGAGCAGUUGGAGUACUCAUUCAUUGAUAGCCAACGGGCUUUCAUGAAGUACCGCAUGCCUCUGAGGGAAAUUGUUGUGGACUUCUACAAUGAAUUGAAAAGUAUAACAUCAGGAUAUGCAUCAUUUGAUUAUGAGGACUCAGAAUACCAGUCGUCAGAUUUGGUGAAGCUCGAUAUUCUCCUAAAUGGCCAACCAGUUGAUGCUAUGGCAACCAUUGUCCACAAAUCAAAAGCUCCGCGUGUUGGUCGCGAACUUGUGGAGAAGCUUAAAAAGUUUAUAGACAGGCAGAUGUUUGAAAUCAUUAUACAAGCUGCUAUUGGAACUAAGGUCAUUGCCAGGGAGACGCUUUCUGCCAUGAGAAAAAAUGUUCUGGCAAAGUGUUAUGGUGGUGAUAUUACAAGGAAGAAGAAGUUGUUGGAAAAACAGAAAGAAGGAAAGAAGCGAAUGAAACGAGUGGGAUCCGUCGAUAUACCCCAAGAAGCUUUCCAUGAGUUACUCAAGGUCUCAUGAAGACCAUCUUAAAUGCCUCCAAGAUUUUAGGUACAAAAGCAGGUCAAAUGUAAGUUCUGCUGCACAACGCAGUCCAUGCAUUUUCAGUGGAAGAAGACGAAGUUCAAAGGGUAAAGUCCCAACUUUGUGCUCAGUUUAUCCUUUGUUGGAGGCACAGAUGUUUGUUGUGGUCAAAGUUACCCCUUUUCAUGUACCAAGGAUGCGAUAAUUUUGCCCUUUGAAUACCAUGUUUUUAUAAGCAAUUUGCCUCCCUUUAUGAGUACAGUGGAGUGUUAUCUAGUUGUGACACGAGGAGAAGAACUCGUUAGGGGGUGGCAUUACUUGAGUCUCUAAUAAUCCAGUUGAAUCUGGAACUUGAUUACAGAAAACUUGAGUGUUAACGUAGUUUGUUGUUGUCCCAGGUUUCAACCAUUUGAUGUAAGAACUUAGGUCGAAAUUAGUAACAGCAUUGAUUCCUCUGUAUUCUAUUGCUGCAAUGUCAUGCACGAGCUGCCUCUUCUUGGGUGCCUCUUAAAGAUAAA